AAGACAAGUACUUGUCUCUGUCGUUAUGACAUUAUAUCACGCCAAGGUUAAACUUUUAUUGUUCUUUUUAUAUUUACUUUUUUACAUUAAAAAAACUGUAAACACUAGCUAAACGUAUUCAAUAAUUACCGAAGAAAGUGUGAAAGCACUAAAAGAAAAUGCCGAAUUUACUUUUGAAAGUGAAAACUAAAAAUGGACAUCAAGUCCUGGAUAAACUUACGGAAAAGAACACAAUUAAAGACUUAAAAGAAUUGUUAUCCUCCGUUUCAGAUAUUCCUGUAAAUCGCCUUCAGGUUUUAUCCGGAUUUCCACCAAAAAGUCUGGACAUUAGUAAAGACGACUUACACUUAGAUAAUAGUGGAUUAACAACUGGAGAUACUUUAAUAUUGCAAGAGGCAGCUGCCAACGUGGAGCAAAAGACUGAAGCUAAAGUAGAGCCGAAACAAGUUGAAACUGCAUCCAAUACAAAGGAGAAAUUCAUUGCUCCAACUGGCAUUUUAAUGAAAGAAGUAGUACCUGCUGAUAAUUCCUGUUUAUUCAGUAGUAUUCAUUUUGUAUUGAAUGGGAAGGUCGACAAUUCGGGAGAAUCAGCUAUUUACUUGAGACGGCUAGUAGCAGAAACAAUUCGCAACGAUAAGCAAAGCUUUGAUGAGGCUAUAUUAGGCAAACCCAUUGAAGAAUACUGUACAUGGAUACAGCAUGAAACAUCUUGGGGUGGCGCAAUUGAAAUUGCCAUUUUAAGUAACUUUUAUGGCAUUGAGAUUGCUGUUGUGGACACUGUUAAUGCUAUUAUCAAUAGGUUUGGAGAAGACCAAAACUAUGCAGUAAGAGUUUUCCUUUUAUUUGAUGGAAUCCACUACGAUCCUCUAUACUUGGAACCAUUUAACGGUGACAAAAUUCAGACGAUGUUUGAAUCUGCAGAUGAGCAAAUUCUACGUGAAGCGGAAGCAUUGGCCCAUGAAGCAAAGUCGAGUAGACAGUUUACAGACGUAAACAAAUUUACCCUAAAAUGUAUGGUAUGCAACAUACUUCUGAAAGGGCAAACGGAGGCUCAAUCUCAUGCGAAAUCAACGGGGCAUACCAAUUUUGGCGAAGUAUAAAGAACAGCACACCGUAAUAGGAAUUCUGUAAAUGUUUUUGAUUAUAUUAUUUUGAUAAAAUAGUUUUUUUCGAGAAAUUGCAAAUAAUCUUUAUUAUUAUUAGAAAUUAUUUUUUGAUUUUUAUAUAAUGUGUACCAUAUCACUUUUAAGCCGGUAUGUUUAGUCGAUCUUCGGAACUUUGCCGGAUGUUGUUUUGCGGAUAGCUGAGCGUGCCGUCGUCGACGCGAAAGCAACGGGUUUUGAUGCAAAGCUGUUCUUCGUCAGGUGGAAUCGCCGACGAUUCUCCCAUAGAGUGAGCAUGUGCAAUAUCGCUAUUCUGGUGGCACCCGCCGCGCGCUUUUGCGGUGAUUUAUUAAUUAACCGAUAAAAGUUCGGCACUGCUUGCUGUCUAGUUAGCUCGUAAAGUCGGUUUAAAAAUCGGCGCUGGAACGUCGUCAAAGGUAGAAAAGAUCAUCGCUUUCCACUACGGCUAGUCGCCUCAAAGGAUAGGAUAUUUUAUAAAUAAAUCCCAAAAUAUAGUUUUUGUCUAAGAAAAGACAUAUUAUCAGUGAAAACUGUUAUUAACAUUGAUAAACUCUACCAGUAGAUUCCCAAACCUCUUUUCUAAACAUUAAAGAAACGUAAUGCAGUAAUAACUUUGUUUAUUAUUAUUAUUAUUAUUUCAACAACACAUCAUACAUACAUGCUUGAAUUUUUUUCACCAAGUCGGGACUGACAAUAAAAUUCAUUUUGCACAAUUUCCUUUGAGAAACGCAAGUAUUUUCUGAAAUCGGCUUCAGUAAAUUUCUCUAAGGUACUUUCCAUAUCUCGAAUAUACCUGAAAAUAAUACAAUUAUUAUUUGCAAUUGCAUAUCAUGCUUGUUGAUGUUUUCUUUACGUACCUUUGUGUUAUGUUCAAAUCGAAUUCCAAGUCUAAAUUAUCCCGUACAUUACAUAGCGAGCGAUAUCUAUAUAUUUAAAACAAAAAUAGCAUAAAAACACGAGAAGUUGAGAAUUUUCGCUCACAAAUUAGCUUUGACGAUUGUUCGGAGAUGCCUAAACCCAUCUACAAAUUACCAGCGCAUCGCCCAAUAACAUUAAAAGGCGUGUGCGUUAGAUACCCAACUGAUCGGCUGUGCGACCAAAAUUGCCUCCAGCGAAUGUCGGGUCUCGACUAAACAUACCGGCCUUACAUUUUGUACACAAUUAUUGAGGUAAAACUUUUUUCAGAUUUGUUCAAGUUAUUGUCAUAAAUUAUAUGGGAAGUAUUGCAAAUUAUGUCUUACUCGUAAUGAAGCAUUUAGGCAUUACCUAAUCUUUUGUUUGGUAAAAUACUCUGGAGUUUUCAAGCAAAAAAAAUAUUUUCAGGUCAAGCACGAUAUUUAAGAAAAUGUUAAAUGGAAAUUGAUGAUCAUUUGCAUAAUAUACAUUUUUGUAUUAUUGAAUUGUAAUAGUUUAACAUUUUAUCAUAUUUAAUAUAAUGACAUGUUUUGUUUUGUAAUGUGCGUUUUUACAACAUUUACAAAAGUAAUCAGUGAAUAAACUAUUUUCAAACUUUA